CUUUCAUCGACACUCUCCCGCGCCCAGGAAUUUCGGCACGGCGCCGAAUAAAAUUAAGGAUUGCCUUUUUUUUGGCAUACUUGCGUCGCGUCAGCGCGCGAUUUCCUAGAGCGCGUAAAUACUUUCCGGAUGCCGUGGACUCUGCUCCUCGUAUCUACUGACGUAUGCACGAAAUCCGGAUACACGAGAAAGAAAGUGGGGGCACUCGGAGGCACGUGGUCGCCACUGGGAUGCGCAUGUCAACAUAAAACGAAGCGGCAAACGAGACCGGGGCUCAGUGUGUACCUGACGGUCGAUCGCUAACGAUAAUCGGGACGAUCUGUGCGAGAGCUUGUCGUGAGAUUGUUUGACAACAAUUGUUUGACAGCGGCAGUUGCGUGAAUUUUUUUGCCACACCUGCCGGCGUGAAGCGUGUGUCGCGAAUAAUACGUGAAGAGCGAAGAGGAAGAGUAAGAACGCACGAAGACGACGAUGAUGAUGAUAAUGAUGAUGAUGACGAUGACCAGCAGCAGGACUCUUAUCGCGAAGGUCAUCACCUGCAUUCUGCUAGGCUGUUGCGUGACGAUGCGAGUUACGGGCUCGGCGAUACCGAUGUGGGAAUUUCUCUCGAGAGAUGAGAAAAUGAGUCAUUUGUACGGAUUAUUCAGUAAACAAGUAGCACAGUACUGCGCCGAUUCAUCGAGGCCGGACUGCAAUAAGAAUCUACUUGUGUCCGGCAUAAGGAGCCUCGCCGGCAUGAAUGACAACGUUCUCGAUCAGCUGGAUCCCUAUCAGCGCGGCGCCAAGGAAAUGAUUUGGCGUGCCCUGGUGGGAAACAAUAGAUUUGCGUCGAGAAUCGGCCACGAGAAUGACGAGUCUUAUCUCACGACUGGAGCCGACUUACUAGCGAGCAGUGGCAGCGAGACGAACGGCCUCGCGGAGGAGAGCGUGGCGAGCGGCGAUUACGUUCUACCAUCGGAACCGGGGCCGUAUCUGGCGGGUCCGAUGGUGAUACGAGUUUAUCCGGACGGCCGACCGGUUCCGGAGGAUCAGAAACGUCCGUUGCCGAGGGACGAAGACGUCGAUGAGCUCAGAUACUCUCGUUUGCCAUCAAUAGAGGAGAUCGAGGCUAAGAGCGGUAGCAAGUUCUACGGGAAAGGCGCGAACGAGCCGGCACCGGCCAAAAGGAGAAUGUCCUUCGUAACCGACAAGGACUAUCGACGAUCGGCGGAACCGCUACGUCUUCACGGCAAUCCGCUGACCUACGAAAGAACAGUGCUUCGAGGAGCGAUUAAUGAACGUGGAGUGCGUUACUAUUGAAGAGGAGAAGAGAGAGAAGAGAGAUAUUUCGUGUUUUUUCUACCUGAUACGAGUUACCUCGCUACAUCACCUAGUGAAGGAAUGGAAGAUUGUUGAAAAAAAAAAAAUUGCCGCUAAUUAUAAGAUCCUGCGAAGAGAUGUUACCGUGAUAGAUGACAUCGUGCUUACUGCGAUAAUAUAUGGAAAGCAUGAGAGAAAAACUAAAGAUAUCUAGCGAUAUAUAAUCGUAGUCGCGGUACACGUCACCAUAGAUUACGAUUUAAUGAUCAGCUGUACAAUUACAAAUUUAUUGCCAGCGCGCAUUCUUAUUUAUCUGAUAUCGUUGUUGCGGUGAAUGUGCAAAAUAUUGUACUCUUUUUUUCUUGAAUCUUUAGACUGUAGAAUAGGAAUUUAGCGAGGAAUGUGAUCCAAAAAUGUUGUCUGAGAUAAAAGUUUACGAUUUAUAUAAAUCGCUUAUGCAGCGAUUUAUAUAAAUAAGAGGAAUUCACGGUUUGCGAACCGCCUAAAUUGGCUUGACGAUUGGUCGGUAAUUAAAUUCUUAUCUCGAUAACACAUAACAAUCGCCGACCAUGAAAUAUCAUUUAGUUUCUACUUAUUUAAUUUUAUUCAUUUAUUAUUUAUUUAAUACUCAAUGUAAUUGUCAUGGCAUAUGUAAAAUAUUACGACACAAACAUCGGUGAAAUUUUAUCAAUUUUAUCUCUUGGACUGUGACUAAUUCAAAAAUCUUUGACUCCUCGUUCAAUCUGUUAACGCAAGAAAAUCGCACGUAUUUAAAUUUAUUUUGCGAUAUAUUUGAAAUGAGAAAUAGCGGUUGAUUAAAGUGAAAUUCUCUUAUAUUUUUAUUCCACAAAUUUAAAUCAUAUAUUAUUUUUUUCUGAUAUAUUCGCGUCAUCGCGUCGCGUAAGGGAACCAGUGUGCCUCGCUGAAAAAAUAACAUAUCGCGCAUAUCAUUUUAAUCACCAUUGAAGAUGGUUAUACAAACUAUUUAAUUUUAAUGUAUAACAAUACUUGUGCUGGAAAAAUUAUUGCUUUCGAAAAUAUCUGUAGCUAGUUACACAUAGAGUCCUAUAUUAUAAUAUAAUAUAGGACUCUAGUUACACAUACAUAUAAUUUGUACAUGAUAGUAUUAUAAUGAUAGUAAUACUCAUGGAUCAUAUUUAUCGGAUACACAUUGUUGUUUGCAUAAGCAAGUAACAAUUUAAAAAAAUCUACUUGACGAUUUACGUGACGAUUACAAUUGUUUAUUAAAUCUAUACAUUUUCACGCUUAUUUGUAAAUACUUGAUGCAUUUGCUAUUAAUUUUAAAUAUCUACAUCAAUAAGAUAGAACUUAAAGUGUGAUAAAAUAUAGAAUGUAAUAUAUAUUUGAAAAGAAAUUAACAAUAAGACAAUGUGAUAAAUUAAGACUAACGUGAUGCCUAAUAUAUAUGUAUAAAUACAUACAUAUACACACAUACAUAUAUGUAUACGAAUCACUCUAUUAUAUUAUAAGGAGCCCGAGAUUUUAUAUAUGAUUAAAAAUCUUUAUUUUAUAAGUAUAAGUACUUGAAAUUAACAGAAUUUUGUUGUUAUUAAUAGAUAAUAAUUAUUAUAAAUAUGCACAGAUUUUUUGCUUUUAUAUUUUAUUAAUACAAUUAUCAAAAUUAUUACUUCUCAGUCUUGUGUAUACAUUAUAGAUAAUUUAUUUAAAUAAUUAUCAUAUCCAAAGGUUGAAAUAUCUCUUAUCUUAGUUUUCAAUUCAUUAUUUUGUCAUAAAUGAAUGAGAUAUUAAUCUAUUUUUUUAAUUUUGUCACAUUUUCUCUUAUCGUCUUGUCAUCCAUGUUUUGUUUUAGUAUAUAUAAAUUUGAUAUAAAAAUUUGACAUCAUGACAUAAUGCUAAAUUAUACUAAAGCGAUAACAAUAUUAUACAUAUAUGUAAGUUUUGUAUGAUAGUAAUAUCACAUAUAUUUUAAGAAUAAAAAGAUGACUACACGCAAUACACUAUACUGCAUCUUUGUAUUAUUUUAUACUUUGAAAAUUGUAAAACUUAUAUACUGAUGUAUUAAAUACAUGAUAUUAUAAUGAAUGAAUAUAUUAAUAAUCAUAUUUAUAUACAUUUUAAUUUAUCAACUUAUAUGCUUCUGAAACUAGUUUAAUAUAUAAAAAUACACAAUAUAUAUGAAUGAUUUUAUAUAUAUGGAAUUUCAUAUAUAUAUAUGAAUUUUUUCUUCUUAAGAUAUUUAUAAGUUGUACAGCAAUUAUUUGCAAAAAUUGAAAAAUGAGUUGUAAGAACAACUAAUUUUUAGAUAGUAAUUUUUACUAUAUUGUA